UUGAAGCGAACGCUACCUCGAGCGUGGUACAAUAUACAGCGUCUGGUUUUGACGAGAGUGCAUUUGAAACAUCGCGAUCGAUAUUCCGUGUAUUUAGUGCAGUGAACAAUGGUUUUGUUUUUAGAAAUAAAUUAUUGAAAAAAUAACCAAAAUGAUCAAGAUUUAAUUUAUGCCUAAUCAUCACCUAUUGUCCGGAUAAAUUAAGUCUCCUUGUGAAGUUGACUUUGUAAUGGGGGCACCAGCAUGGGCCUCGCGUGGUGCCAGCGACCGACCGCGACUCCUGCGCAUGACCCCACUACGUCACAGCUUCGCAGCGCCUGCAUCGCCGCCAGCACAGCCACCUCCGCGCACGCAUGAUUACGCUUCCGACGUAGACACUAAUAAGAAAGAAGAUAGCUGGAACGCAAAUUUGUCACAAAGAUGGCGUAAGCUACGACGUCGUUGUUCGCGACUACGGCCUGGUUCUGGAAACCGGGAAGCGAGUCCUGUUAGAUGUUCACCAUCGCCUCCCAGACCUCCGCCACAUUGUUCCCCUGCGCCACCGUCCAAGUUGUCGUUUCGACAUCGCGGCAAAGUGUACACCACUGCGUCACUGCGGGUCACCAGCGGAGCACCGGACUUACUACGUGCCCUUGGCAAGUUAGGGGGUGGUUUGCGUCGACGAGCUCUAUCUGCUCACGAUGUUCUAGCACCACCUCCACAACAACCAGCUACUUUCUAUGUUCCUAGUCCUACUGGUACAAUAAGACAACCAUCUUCCCCCUCUCCACCGAGACAAAGUGCCACAUUACGACGAAGGUGUAGCUCUCCGAACGUUUAUAGAACUAAAGCUACAACUGCACCAAGAGAUCGUGCUCCAUUGAUAGAUCAAGAUGACGAAAAUCGAGACUUAGUCGAUUACAACUAUUUACCAGAAAGACGAAAAAAUAAUUCUGAAAGUAGAAGCCGUCGUCCCUAUAGUGAAAACGUUGAACUGGACAUGCCCCCAUAUAGAAAUGGAUAUAAUAGACUGCCUCCUGAUACCCAGAAUCUAUGGGAAGAACCUUACCGGCUGCCUCGUGUUCAAGCACGGCAAGAACCUCUGCAGCAGCUGCGUAAUUGUGUCGCUGAAUUACGAGUGAGUGCGACCCCUAGAACACCCCGCCCGCCACCUGCUCCACCAUCGUCACAACAAGCUAAACGACCACCUGCACCCGAGCCAAGGGAUGUGCACACAUUUGAGGUGCGCUUUACGAAGUCGGCGGGUGGCAAGGGUCUCGGGUUCAGUAUAGUAGGUGGUCGAGAUUCUCCUAGAGGCGAUAUGGGAAUAUUUGUCAAGACUAUAUUUAAUAACGGACAAGCGGCAGAAUCUGGAUUAUUACGAGAAGGUGACGAAAUAGUGUCAGUGAAUGGACGUGGAACGGCAGGGCUGACACACGGUGAAGCGAUUAGGCUAUUCAAAGACGUUCGCGCUGGACCAGUGUUGCUUCGUGUUGCACGGCGUUCCCCAACACGCUGACUGCCCUGCGCCUGCUGCGGCGACUCUCAGCCGAUGCAGGCGCCUACAUAUCGCACCCACGAUAUCUACUCUACCAUGUAACGCUUUUUUCAUAUAUUUUUUCUUGAUCAAAACAAAAAUACAUUUGACAUAUAUGCAGGCAGUGAACUAAAUGCGUUAUUUAUUAGUAAUAUAUUAGUAAUAAACGUAGAUGCUACCACUUUCAUAGACACAGAAAUCAAUGGAUACUUGUAGGUGUGAAAAUCUGAUUAUUAGGAAGAAAUAGCAAAUCCAGAAGGCAUGAAUUUCUCUUAAAUAAUGUUUCUCAUUUUAUAGCUUGAUGUGAAACAGUAGUUUCAUCUGACCGAGAUAAAAAAUCGAUCUCCGUAAGUUAAAGUUAAAAAGUUAAAAGAUUUGUGCGCUUAUAUAUAUAUUUGCUUCAUUUAUUAUAUGUUUAAUAUCAUAGUUUUAUUUCAUCUAAUAUUGUAACAAUUCGACUGUUUUUCUGUACAUGUAAUGUUUUUAGACAUUAUGUGAAUAAUUUGAUAUAAAUAAGAUAUCUGAUCGGACAUAAUAUUUAAAAAGUUGUGUUCAGGUGCAUUAUAAAACAUUACGUUUUUACAAGAAAUAUUUUUUUAAUAAUUUACAAGUACACAGAAAAUAAUUAUAGUUUCCGAUAAAAUAUAUCUGUGAUAUUGUAAUUGAAAGCUAAAUAUAUAUUAAAAUUAUUAUGUAAGGAAGCUAAUUUAUUUUUAUAUAAAUUAGAUUUAGUUGCUGUAAUAAAUAUUUAUAUGUAUAUAUGCAAUAGUGACUAUAUGUACAUGUAUGAUAUAAUAUCGUAUGACAAAUACGUAUACUGUACCUAAAAGCAUUUCAUAUUUUUGUAAUGAUUAUAGUACAAUUAAAAUAAUUAACCAAAUAUUGCUUAUGAAGUCUAUAAGUGUGAUCAACGUGAAACGCAAUUCUAUAAGGUGUUAACUAGACUAGUAGAUUUCUAAUUAUUCUAGUGUGGAAAAGAGACUUAGGUAUGCGAGAAAGAGCAUAACAGAAAAUAUACAAGUCCAAUUUAUAAUUCAAACACUGACAAGUUUGUCAAAUAGAAUUAUAAUAUGAAUUCAAAUCCAUUAUAACAAUUUUCUUAAAAUAAAGAUUGUAGUAGGUAAAUAACGCCGAAUCUGCUAUUAAAACUUCCGUUGUGUUUUUACGUAGUAGUAUAUAUCCAUAUUAGACAGUGCUUUCUUCUGUACUUUUGCACUAUUAG